ACAAUAUAUUAAUAACAGAUAAUAAUGCUCGAGUACUAAACAGGAUUAACGGUCUCUAAAUUCUAUAAACACGUUUCAUUAGAGUUGUUUUAAAUAUGCAGAACCCUUACAAAGACACAUGCUUCAUAUUCUCAUACCUCUCUAUGAUCAGUUCUAGGUGCUGAACCGCCUACAAAAUAUGUUCUCAAGGGGACAUAUUGGGAGAGCUUGAAGCCGACCUUUUCUGGACAACCAAAUUCAAUUCUGUGGAAACAUAACGGAAACAAAGUGGUGGAGUUUGACAGCAGAGAGCAGAAGGUGUACGGAGCGUACAAAAACAGGAUCACUCUCGACUGGGUCUCGGCAGAGCUCGAAAUCACCGGCCUCAAGUUUGAAGACAGAGGACUCUAUGAAGUGGAAGUCGACAUCGACAACAUUUUCUAUCUGUCACAAUUCAAACUGGAGGUCAUAGACAAGGUUGCCAUGCCGACCAUAUCUUGUGAGAUAAACAAAGACGGUGGCUCCGAUGUUUCUGAGGUCCGGGCGACGCUGCUGUGCUCUGCAGACCCCACCCCACCUGAGUCCAUGAUGAAGUUUAAGUGGAGAGCACGGGGAAAAUCACAACCGGGACACAAGUUUAAUAUUUCUCUGGGAGACGAACGAGAUAACAAAGAAUACAGCUGUUCAGUCAGCAACCCUGUGAGCAGUGAGACGGCGACAUUCACAGCAAAGGAUUGUUAUCACGAUAAUUCAUCUGUAGCUGUGGCUGUCAGUCUGGCUGUCGUUGGUUUAAUCGUACUCGUGUUGAUCAUCUUCUUCUGCAAAAAGAGACAAAAAGCAUGUUUUUCUAAAGGACAACAGGAUGAUGAGGAGAAACAGACUGAAGGCUCAGAUAAGAAGAAGGCUCAGGGAGGUGAAACCAGUCCUCUUCUUGAUCAGCGACUCAAUAAUACUAUGAGCCCCAAUCACCCUGAUAGCAUGGUCAAAGAAGACACUGAAUUACUCUUGGAAAAAGGGAAUAUCAUGAAGAUGAUACGUGAAAUAGACAGACGGGCUGGUCAAGAACCUGUUGUAGAUAAGAAGCCACCAGAAGGUUUCGUCAAAGAGAAGAAAGAACAGUUUGAAGAAAAGGCUAAAAAACCUCAACAGCCUCAAAACAAAACAGAGCCAGAGAAGAAUCUAGGUAUGAGUGAGGAAGCAUCGACUGUCCCACUCAAAGAUCAAACCUCUCCUACUCUUGCCAACUCAAGUCCCCCAAAGACUGAGGGAGGUCCAGAUGAGGACCCUAAGGACCCUGCUGGGGGUCAAAAGAACGGGUCUGACUCAGAGGAGGUCUAUGAAGACACUCAAGAUGAAUCUGACUCACAAACUGAUCCAUCAGGUACGCAACAGAACAGAAAUUAAUCAGACAAAGUCCUCUGUGAACAAGUCGUCCAGUGUUCCUCAUGAGGAAGGUUCAAAUACGACAUCACAAGAGCAAGAAUCUGCCACGCCAAAGGAAGAAGAAUCCACAGAAGAAGCUAAACCGGUCAAACUGGUUCCUCCAGCUGAAGAAACAUCCAAUUUAAUGAGUAAUGGAGAAGAAAUAGAUGAGAAACAGCAUUUAGCCAACUCAACAGAAGUGAACACCAGCAACACUGUCACAUUAAAAAAGGCUUCAGACACUCCACAUGCAGAUGAGGGGCAGAGCAGGCAGGACUCAGGUGAGAGGGGGGGGCAGGCAGAGGCAGAUCAAGGUGAGGGGGGAAAUGAUGAAGAUAAAGAAGAGGAUCAGGGUGG